GUUGACAGUUGGAGGUUUUGAAUCACUGAAGGGAAGCGGGUGGACGGAGGAGCGCGUGCGGACUCUCGGGGGGGCAGACAGUGCAGCCGCCGGUCUCCCCUCAGUGCCCACAGUCGGCGCCUUGUGACCCGAGUUCAGCCUUCAGUUUCCGACCCGUCGAACCUUUUGGAGCUCUCGUCCGCCCGGCCAUGGGAGGCAACUCGAUCCACUGGUUCCGAAAGGGUCUCCGGCUGCACGACAACCCGGCUUUGAUGAAGACGGUGCUGACUUCGGACAGGGUCCGCUGUGUCUACAUCCUCGACCCUUGGUUCGCUGGCUCUUCCAACGUCGGCAUCAACAGAUGGAGAUUCCUGUUGCAGUGCCUUGAAGAUCUUGAUGCCAAUUUGCGGAAGUUAAACUCUCGUUUGUUUGUUAUUCGUGGACAGCCAGCUGAUGUUUUUCCAAGACUAUUCAAGGAAUGGGACAUUUCACUUCUUUCAUUUGAAUACGACUCUGAACCUUUUGGCAAGGAGCGAGAUGCAGCUAUCAAGAAACUAGCCAGUGAAGCGGAAGUAAAAGUGAUUGUAGAUGUUUCACAUACAUUGUACAACCUUGACAAAAUUAUAGAGCUGAAUGGUGGACAGCCACCACUGACAUACAAACGAUUCCAAACACUUAUAAGCCGAAUGGAGCCCCUGGACUUGCCAGUAGAAACGAUUACCCGAGAGGUAAUGGGAAGAUGUACAACGCCUAUUCUUGAUGAUCAUGAUGAGAAAUAUGGAGUCCCAUCAUUGGAAGAAUUAGGCUUUGAUACAGAAGGUCUAUCAUCAGCUGUGUGGCCAGGUGGGGAAUCGGAGGCUCUUACAAGAUUAGAGAGACAUUUGGAGAGAAAGGCUUGGGUGGCAAACUUUGAAAGGCCACGAAUGAACUCCAAUUCACUCCUUGCGAGCCCUACCGGGCUGAGUCCAUACUUGCGAUUUGGUUGUUUGUCGUGCCGUCUCUUUUAUUUUAAGCUGACUGACUUGUAUAAAAAGGUAAAGAAAAAUGGCUCUCCUCCUUUGUCUCUCUAUGGUCAACUGUUAUGGCGUGAAUUCUUCUACGCAGCUGCUACCAACAACCCCAGAUUUGAUAAAAUGGAGGGAAAUCCUAUUUGUGUCCAAAUUCCAUGGGAUCGAAAUGCUGAGGCUUUAGCUAAGUGGGCAGAGGGAAAGACGGGAUUCCCCUGGAUUGAUGCUAUAAUGACACAGCUCCGUCAGGAAGGCUGGAUUCAUCACUUGGCCCGUCAUGCAGUAGCGUGUUUUUUAACAAGAGGUGAUCUCUGGAUUAGUUGGGAAGAAGGAAUGAAGGUAUUUGAAGAGUUGUUGCUUGAUGCUGACUGGAGUGUCAAUGCUGGAAGCUGGAUGUGGCUCUCCUGCAGCUCAUUCUUCCAACAGUUUUUUCACUGCUAUUGUCCUGUGGGUUUUGGACGCAGAACUGACCCAAAUGGAGACUAUAUCAGACGUUAUUUGCCAGUACUCCGAGGUUUUCCUGCUAAAUAUAUCUACGAUCCAUGGAAUGCUCCAGAAAGUGUGCAAAAGGCUGCAAAAUGCAUCCUUGGAGUUCAUUAUCCAAAGCCCAUGGUGAACCAUGCUGAGGCUAGUUGCUUGAAUAUUGAACGAAUGAAGCAGAUCUAUCAGCAGCUUUCCUGUUAUAGGGGAUUAGGUCUCCUAGAUUCAGUUCCUUCUAACCCAAAUGGUAAUGGUGGAAUUAUGGGAUAUUCGGCAGGAGAAAACACACAUGGAUGCAAUAAUCUAACAGGUGAUCUGCCAUCUACAAAUGGAAACCAUUCUCUGCCAUAUACACAGAGUGAAUUCCAGUUGAGGAAUAACCAGCAGCAAAGUUACAUUACGGGAGUGAAUGGACAAGGAAGCAAUCUUUUGUGCUUUUCACAAAGGGACUCUCAGCUGUCUCAUACCACUUUACUGCAGCAAGGCAGGAAUACACCAAUGUCUGGAAAACGCCAUAGUCCAGAAGAAGAAAUGCAAGGAUUUGGACCCAAAGUUCAAAGGCAAAACAGUAACUAGCACAUUUGGGAGUGGGAAGAAUGCAUAAGAUUCAUUUCCACACAUUCUGAUACUGGAGAGGUUAUAGACAUUGCCCCCAAGAGCACUUUUUCAGGAAAACAAAUUUAUGUGAAAAUAUACAAGAAUAAUGAAAAAAUUCUGGAUGCAUUUCCAUUUUUUAAAAAAGUUAUGUUGGUGAAAGUACAGUAUGAUGUCUUGUUAAAUACUUGUGUAAAUUUUGUAUUUCUAAAUUAAAUCUUGUAAUCUUUGAUACUUUGUUUUGUUUAGUUAGACAUCUAUUUUUGAUAAUCUUUCAUGCAAAGAAACAUUUACAAAUGUUUUAGCAUUGAUUAUGUAAAACAAGAGCAAAAAUUGAGAGGCUUUUAUAUAAAAAAAAGUUAUUUACUUUUCCUAUGUGAUCUUCUUGCGUCAUGUCUUAUCCAUGUAACUUGAUCAUUUAGACCAGAUUUUUACAGUGGGACCACUUACUUCGGUUAAUAGGAAGCUCUAUACCGGGCAAUGGUGAGAUACUCUGCUAUUCAGGGAUAGCACAAUUGAAUCAACUUUGUAUCCCACUGUUCCCCAGUACAUUCUGUUGCUCUAUGCGUUGGAUAUUUCUGCUUUUGAUGCAAAUUUUAAUUUGACAGCAGCUAUUUCAAACACAAACAUGCUUAUAUUACAUUGCCAUGUGAGCUGCCUGCUAGCUUUUCAGAUUAAUACCUGCCACCUUGAACAAAAACAUUGAGCAUUGUACUUGGAAGACUAUCUGGUCCUAAUUCUAUAUGGUUAAGUCACAGAGUAAAUAUUCGCGCAAGAUCAGAUUAUGUAAAAAGUUCUAUUAUCAACAGAAAGUAAUCAUAGAUUACACAAGAUUUAUUAAUAUUCUUGUAGAUCAUAUGCACCAUACAAUUCUAAAGAGAACAUUUCUCUAUAAUCUAAAUUUGAUUACGAGUUUAUAAGCCUUUAGAUCUACACUCGUAGUCCUUAUAGAGUUGAGUUCAAAUUGCUAGUCUCAUUUUCUGUUUAUUGGAUUCAGUGUUUAGAACAGGUUUGUAAUAUAGAUUUUAAGGCAGCCAGCCACAUGAAAACCAAUAUUUAUUUAAGUACUGGUCAAGACUGAGUUUUACAAGCUUUAUUAUGGAUUACUGACAUUUUAUACAUCUUUGUGUUGACAACUUCGCACUGAUGCAGAUUCUGUUUUACAUCUGCAAUAAAAUAAUAGGAUAAUCCAUAGCGGUAGUUAUUUAUUAUGUAGAUCUUCAUUUAGAAGGUUCCAUUUAUGAAAAUAGAUGUCAAAUAUCAGUACUAUGUAUAAAUCUAGUCCACUUGUAUGCAACUUGAAAAGUCUCAUUGUUGGUGACUUGAGUUGAAUGCAACUGCACUGGACUGAAUAUUAAUUCUAACCCUGCUACAUAUGUUUUUAAAGUUAUGAUGAUCUUAUGUGUGUAAGUAUGUAAAUGCAGAUUUGAAGGAUAUUGUCUUUUAUUGAAAAAUGGUUGUUUCUUGGUAAAACUUUUCGAUUUACAAUGCAUUUGUGAUUGUUAUUAAUAAAAAAAGAUGUAAUAAA